UAUACACUGACACUAUACCAGACUCUACGCUCUACAUAGCAUGUAGUUAGAUGGAUAUCUUCUAUCCAGAUAAACAAACACUCCGACAAGAAGGUUUUGGUUGAAACCAAAGACAGACACUCAAGACCUGGGCAAAACAUUGACAAGCCUACCACUGGCCCUGCCAUGGGACUGGUAUGGUAGUCUAGCAUCAAACAAUUAACAAUCAGACUCGACUCCUUAGCUACACCAAUUCGAGUACCGCCGUCUCGUACUCACCAGCCGCACUGCAAAUGGCAUGCGAGGAUGCGGCACCGUGGGGUUGCGCUGCGUUUCGCUUCGCCUCGCUUCGACAGACGUUUCCUCAUCUCAUCUCAUCUCCUUCCCGUUUCUCCUCUUCGUCCUCCAUGAAGGUAACACAGGAAAACACGCGAAUAGAUUUGCUCAGGUCGCCCACGCCUACCACACUCCAUCUUUCAACCAUACACACAUAGACGCAGAGAGUAGGUCUGAACGGUCACCGAAGACGUACCAACAACCCCUCUCCCUCGUUCAUGUGAUCCUCUCUCCCCUCUCUCUCCUGCCCUGCCUCUCCCAAUCAUCCAACAUGAUGCACCCACCUACGAAUGAAUGAUAGAAUGGAGAUAAUGGAUGGGCGAAUCUCACCGAGCAUCCAUCCGACAUAUCCAUCCAUACCCUACUCCACCACGC